CGGCCUUGGCGUUGUCGGUGGCACCGUUUUUUUUUGUUUUGUUUUUUGCGCGGUGCCCUCAGAGCUCCCCAGGCUCCGCCCAGUGCCGGGGACUGCCCAAUCGCACCUCCCGUCGACAAGUGCCCGCGAUGUGCUUUCCCAUCGGUCGCCGCAAGGCACCACCGCAGGCACCACCGCAAGUGCGCCCACGUGUGGCCAAAACAUUCUGCCCGAGCAGCCCCUUGGCGAGGCAACGGCUGGCACCCCUCCCAGCCGACGCCGCACCGCCUGGAACUGAAUGCGGGCACGCUGUUACUCGCGGAAGCCUUCAUCCGCCAGUGGGGCCCCGGGCUCAUUAUUGCGGGUGGGGUCAACCCGGCGCACCCUCUCCGAGAGCCGACUGCCCACUACGAGAAGGCCGCAGGUGCACCGCCAACUGCCCUGAUGGACUCUCGGCCCGCCGGCGUGGCAAAAAUGCCACGGAAAGGGAAAAUCAUUUUUUUGUUUCCUUUUUGCUCCGUCCACGGCCCAAGGGCCCCCACCAAUGAAAACUCAAUUGCGGGGAAUGUGCCAAGCAAUAGUGUGGUAAAAAAGCCGUUGGAUCAUUCAGCCCUGGCUGGCCAAUCUACCUCAAAAAGUGUGCGAGAGGCAGUAAACAAACCUGCCCAUGAACUUAAUUGUCCUUCAAAAACCAUGCACUAA